CAGCAGGAUUCAAACAUGGCCACCUUGGAAGCAGCAGACAUUGUCGUUGUAGUAGUCUACUUCCUCCUGGUGCUUGCGAUCGGCUUCCUGGCAAUGUGGAAAGCCAACCGGAGCACGGUGAAUGGCUACUUCUUGGCUGGUCGCUCCAUGCACUGGGCAGCUGUGGGAGCAUCUCUCUUUGUCAGCAACAUAGGAAGCGAGCAUUUCAUUGGCCUGGCUGGAUCCGGCGCCGCCAGCGGGCUCAGCGUGGCUGCAUGGGAAUUUAAUGCACUGCUGUUACUUCAGUUGUUGGGCUGGGUGUUUAUCCCUGUGUACAUUCAGUGUGGAGUCUACACAAUGCCAGAAUACCUAUCUAAACGAUACGGAGGGAGGCGGCUGAAGGUGUAUUUUGCUGCUUUAUCUCUUGUGCUCUACAUUUUUACCAAGCUGUCUGUGGACCUCUAUUCUGGAGCCUUGUUCAUUCAAGAGUCUUUAGGGUGGAACCUUUACUUGUCUGUUAUCCUCCUCAUCACCAUGACUGCUUUGCUGACGGUCACUGGAGGUCUGGUUGCCGUCAUAUACACAGACACAGUCCAAGCAUUCCUGAUGAUUGCUGGAGCACUCUGUCUUACAGGCAUAAGCCUGUACAAAGUUGGAGGAUUUGAAGGAUUACAAACCAAGUACAUGGUUGCUGCUCCAAACAUCACCUCCAUCUUGUUGACUUAUCCCAAUCUAACUCAUUCUGAAAGUUGCCACCACCAUUUCAACCCAAAGCAAAACGCUCUGAAGAUCCUGCGAGGCCCGAAGGAUCCAGACCUACCUUGGCCUGGCUUCAUACUGGGCCAGACUCCUGCCUCAAUUUGGUACUGGUGUGCAGAUCAAGUGAUUGUACAGCGAGUUCUGGCUGCAAAAAACAUUGCUCAUGCCAAAGGGUCAACAAUUAUGGCUGGCCUUCUCAAAAUCCUUCCGAUGUUUAUCAUUGUCAUCCCAGGGAUGAUUUCCAGAGUCUUCUUUGCUGAUGAGUUGGCAUGUAUCAGUCCAGAACACUGCAUGACAGUGUGUGGCUCUGCAGCUGGCUGCAGCAACGUGGCGUACCCACGGCUCGUCAUGUCGGUGAUGCCCGUCGGCCUCCGGGGCUUAAUGAUGGCUGUCAUGAUUGCCGCUCUGAUGAGUGACUUGGAUUCCAUCUUCAACUCAGCAAGCACCAUAUUCACACUGGAUAUUUACAAGAUGCUACGAAAGCAGGUGUCAUCCAGAGAACUGCUGAUCGUUGGCAGGCUGUUUGUCAUAUUCAUGGUGAUCAUCAGCAUUGCCUGGGUGCCGGUCAUCAUCGAGAUGCAGGGAGGCCAGAUGUUCUAUUACAUCCAAGAGGUGUCUGAUUACCUGACACCUCCUGUGGCGGCCUUGUUCUUGCUGGGUGUCCUGUGGCACCGCUGUAAUGAAACGGGUGCCUUCUGGGGGGGAAUGAUCGGGUUUACUUUAGGAAUGCUACGUUUGAUUAUGGCGUUUGUUUACAGAGAACCACACUGUGACCAGCCUGAUGAGCGGCCAUCUUUCAUUAAGGAUAUCCAUUUCAUGUAUGUGGCAGCCUUCUUGUUUUGGGUUUCGGCUUUGGUAACUAUUGUUGUGAGUCUCUGCACGCCGCCACCGAAAAAGGAACAAAUCAGGACGACCACUCUGUGGGGGAUGAAGAGGAGGAAAACGCUCAGAAAUCAUGAAAGGGGUGAAGGUAGAGAACAGACUAAGACUUCAGUCCUUACUAAUCACGUGACCCUUAAUGGUACACAUGUUAGUGAAGAGAAGUAUCACAACCAUGCCGACAAGUUCAAUGGCAGUGAAAAUGGUUUUGGAGACGUUCAAUCAAGCAAUGUGGAUCAAGUCAUCGAAGCCAUCACAGACCACCGUCCAGUUGAGGAUGGAUGCGAGAUGCUGGUUUCAGACCUUAACAUGGAGGAACAGGGAGAAAGUAAAAGAAAGAGAAAUGGGAAAGAGGAGGAAGAUGAUGAGGGGUGCUUUGGAAACGAAGGAGUUGCGAUUAUGAGUCAUGUGGCCGUCGAAAAUGCCCACGGUCUAGAGCAGCAGCUUGCUGUCCUGGACUUGAGUGCUCCAGAUGGACAAGGUGGAGGUACUAACAGGCGAUAUAUUCCUCCACAUUUACGUAACAAAGAUGCAUCCAAAAAUGUAGGAAAUGCCUUUGCUGCUGGACGACAGGGUGGCUACGCCAUAGCACCUGCUCCUAACUACGGUUGGGACGGAGGGCGCAACAACUUCGUUAAUGGCUACCAUGACAACCGCAUGCCUGGAAACUCCUUUAACCGCGGUCCCCCUCGUAUGGAGCGAGGACGUGGAGGAGUUGGAGGAGGAGGUUACCGUGGCAACAGGGGUGGCGCAUUUAACCCCAUCAACCCAGCACAGCCAAUGGCCUUUGACGCAGGUGGUUGGAACACUGCCAAGGACGCCUAUACCAGCUUUGGCAAUAACCGAGGGAAGUCUGCAUUCUUCAAUGACAGAGGCAAUGCUAAUAGAGGAAGGUUUGAUCAUGGAGGAUUUGGUGGUGGAGGAGGAAACAGCCGCUGGGUGGAAGAAUCCAGAGAUGAUGGCGACUGGUCCAAACCAACAUCGCGCAAUGAGCGUCUCGAACAUGAGUUGUUCUCUGGCAGUAACACUGGGAUUAACUUUGAGAAAUACGAUGACAUUCCUGUUGAGGCAACAGGGCAGAACUGCCCUCACCACAUUGAGAGUUUCCAAGACGUGGACAUGGGCGAGAUCAUCAUGGGCAACAUAGCUCUGAGUCGCUACACCAGACCAACUCCUGUUCAGAAGUAUGCCAUUCCUAUAAUCAAAUCCAAGAGAGACCUCAUGGCAUGUGCUCAGACAGGCUCUGGGAAGACGGCAGCCUUCCUGCUGCCAAUUCUCAGCCAAAUCUACACAGACGGACCAGGAGAGACUAUCAACGCGGCUAAAGCAUCUGGACAGGAGAAUGGAAAGUAUGGCCGUCGUAAGCAGUACCCAAUCGCUCUGGUGCUGGCUCCAACCAGAGAACUGGCUUUGCAGAUAUAUGAUGAAGCCAGGAAGUUUUCUUACCGCUCCAGAGUGCGUCCCUGUGUCGUGUAUGGAGGAGCAGACAUUGGGCAGCAGAUCAGGGAUCUGGAGAGAGGCUGCCACCUCCUGGUGGCCACGCCGGGUAGACUGGUGGACAUGAUGGAGAGAGGCAAAAUUGGACUGGACUACUGCAACUACCUCAUCCUAGAUGAGGCUGAUCGUAUGCUGGACAUGGGCUUUGAACCUCAGAUAAGACGCAUCGUUGAACAGGACACCAUGCCGCACAAAGGCAUCAGACAAACCUUAAUGUUCAGUGCUACGUUUCCAAAAGAGAUCCAGAUCCUAGCUCGGGAUUUCCUGGAGGAGUACAUCUUCCUGGCAGUGGGCAGAGUGGGCUCCACCUCAGAGAACAUUACUCAGAAAGUAGUUUGGGUGGAGGAGAGCGAUAAAAGGUCCUUCCUCCUGGACCUGCUCAGCGCCACGGUCAUCCCAAACGAGGUACAGGACAAUACUGGAGACAACAUAGAGAAACCUGGUAAGGACUCGCUGACUCUGGUUUUUGUGGAGACCAAGAAAGGCGCCGACGCGCUGGAGGACUUCCUGUAUCGGGAGGGCUACGCCUGCACAAGUAUCCAUGGUGACCGUUCCCAGAGAGACCGAGAGGAGGCCUUGAGCCAGUUCAGAUCAGGAAAAUGCCCCAUUCUGGUGGCUACUGCGGUGGCAGCUCGCGGACUUGACAUCUCAAAUGUGAAACAUGUUAUUAACUUUGACCUCCCAAGUGACAUAGAGGAAUAUGUCCAUCGCAUUGGACGCACGGGACGAGUUGGAAACCUGGGGCUGGCCACAUCAUUCUUCAAUGACAAGAACGGAAACAUCACUAAAGACCUGCUGGACAUCCUCGUUGAAGCUAAACAGGAAGUUCCCUCCUGGCUGGAGAGUCUGGCCUAUGAACACCAGCAUAAGAGCAGCAACAGAGGACGCUCAAAGAGGUUCUCUGGCGGAUUUGGAGCACGCGACUAUCGUCAGACAGCUGCUGGUGGCAACGCAGGGGGAUUCGGAGGGCGCGGAGGAAGAAACCAGGCCGGGCAUGGAGGAAACCGUGGAUUUGGAGGAGGUGGAUUCGGCAACUUCUACACGAGUGACGGCUAUGGAGGCAACUACUCACACUCUCAAGUUGACUGGUGGGGCAACUAGGUGUCUCCAUCCCCUCUUCACCAAUCUCUUUUCCUUACUCAUCUUCCAUCCUCUCUCUGCACUGUCUUCAUCCCUUCAUCUCUCGUCAUUUCCAUUACCGCCCCCCAGCUCACAUGCAUGUUAUUAAACUAUUUAUACUCAUUUAUAUAGCCCUACAUCUACCCCCACUCACUCCUCUUUUUAUUAGUUUGGGGUUUUUUUUGUUUUUUUAGCGCUUCACAUCUGAACCUUUCUUUCUGUGAAGGUUUGUCCUUAUAGGUCACAUUAAAAGGAAAGCUUGAAUUUUCCUUGGUUACCUUUCAAAACUGGACACAGAUUUGUGUUGGUGGCAAUCUUUGGUCUCAGACAGGAAUUUAUGAAUAAUUUCACUGCAACGUUUGCCUGGAAAAAUACACAAAAAAAGUUGAAGGUUUUUAAAGGCACUAAAAUAUGAUGUGUCAGGAUAUGAAAGGUGUGGAUUUCUCUUAAACAGACGUAGAAAGGGCCAAAUCGUUUGUUGUUUUUAUUUUACUCCCCACUUCCAAUUUCAGUUUUGGCUCCAUUGUUUUUGUGUGCAUUCACCCUAAUCCUGUCAGGGCUUCCUGUGUAACUCAUGUCAUCUUUGUAUUUAACGCAUGGCCAUGUUGUAAAUCACCGGCCAAAAACUUUUCUAAAGUACAGAGAUGAAGAAGUCAAAGAAAAAUGUCUGCAUAUGAAUUUAAAUAUAGGAACUGACUGAGGUCUCCCUCACUUAUAUUAAUUAUUAAGAGGCCUCAGAAGUAGCUUUUUCCCUCUCACUUUUUAAAAUACUGAAAUAUUGACUUCCUGAGGUCUUAGGAAGGACAGAGCAAGGGUCUGGGCAAACUGAAAUCCCCCAUCUGUGGAAUACCAGCAAGAUGGUAUUGCUAACUAACAAUAAUGCUAGCAAACAGUUUUGAGACACAAGGUCUUUAAUAAUGGCCAACUUUUCAUUGUUUUAAGUAAAUCUUUAUGGAGAAUCAUUUGUUUCUGUACUGUGCCUUUAAUAAUUUGAAUUAUGUCUCUUACUGUCAUCAUUUUCAAUGCCAUGAUACAUAACUGGCUACAAGUGUAGGCCAAAGGUGAGUGAUAAAAGCUGUAUUUGAUGUUAUGUGUGGAUUUAAACAUAUAAUACUUCAUUCCCAUUUGGAAGGAAACAAACUAAGCUUGAACUAAAUCAAACCUUGGCAAAAACAAAAAGCUAAAAUCAGUGAUGAGGAAAAUCAAAGCAAUUCCUUGUCUCUUGGUGUUGAAAUGAAUCAGAAAUACUGUUGAACCGAUUCUCCAAGGCAUGAAACCGCUCCUAAGAUGCGUUCAAUUGGGGACUUUAAUGGCCCCAAAAUGACUUCACAUUGAUUUGGUGGAGGGGAGACUAAACUGUUUGGUGUGGGACUCAACAGAUGUUACCACAGUGGUUUUAUGCUCUUGGGAAAUUGAGUUCUGCUCAUUUGACCUUUGAGCUUGCAGUUGGGUUUCUCAGAGGCAUCGUGACACUAAAUUUGAGUGACUUGAGCUCCAAACAAAAGCCCUGUGUGCAGCAGCAGUCGUGUACCUUUGAUCCUCCCACUCACUACAAAUGAUUAACUCGCUCGAAGCUCAAUAUUUGGUACCUUUUUGAAGUAAAUAAGAGUUGCUUCAAGUGGAAGUGUGUUGGUGAAAGGUGUUUAGUGUAAAAGCGCUUUUGAAAAGUAUAAAUUACAAGCAGUUCACGGCUGCUCCUGCAGAAACGGAUCAGACGAGUGGCUCUUCAUCUGCUCCUAGUGCCUCCAUGCUCAUGGGAAACUGAACAUGCUUCCACCAAAGAGGUUGACAACAUAUUUUUGUCAAAAUCUUCUUUCAAGUGGAUACACAACAACAAAACCAAACAAAAAAUCAGAAAUUUCAUGCUCACUCUAUCCUGGAGAGUAAAGUGAAAAAGAGCCGUGUCUAAAAUAAAUCUUUCCAGUUUUAUUUGUUUGAUCUGUUAAGAUUCGUUGAGGUCAAAACUAAAGACCUGCCUUGACGGCAGGGGCUUCCCGGGGGUCUGAUGCCACACUUUCAGAGCAUACUCAAAGCCCUCUGCUGUUGCUGCAGUAGUCAAACACAUUUUUUUCCCACACAAAUUUGACAAUUUGUCACUUAUAAAUGAAAGAGUUUAUGUUUACAUAUCACAAGCUCUCCCUUUUUUAUGUAUGGAAGUCCAAAAUACCUGCACACUUGAUAUUGUGUGGGGCUGAAAUAACAGAGCCAUGGCAGCUUGCACCGCCUAGCCAGCGUCUGUCUGCACGACGCAGGUACAAACCGAUGCUGGAUGGCUGGAAUCAGUGUGUGUGGUGCUAAAGAGAUCCAGUGCACCACUCUGUUUGGCAGAUCCCAGUAAGAAACAGAGAGGCUGAUUGUGCUCAUGGAAAAAUGGCAGUAAUGACAUCCCUGGUUAGCCCAGCCCGGCCCUGCUGUGGGCCCUCAAGGGACUGCGUCCCAGAUUUCUGUGGUUUAUCCCCGAUUGAGCUGGUAACGGCUGCCCCGCUGGGCAUUUGGACGGUUUCCUGGUUCAAUCCCCACUGAGCAACUCGACAGCAUAAGGAGCCAGAAAAAAAAGUUGCUCUGUUGUUGCGUUGUAGAAAAAAGUGGAUGUUUACCGGGCUCUGAAUAAUUAGUUUUGUUUACAUGCAGAACAUAGGUUAAAUGUAAAUAGUUUAAGUCCUCUCGAGAGAGGAACCUCCACAGAAAAUGAAUGUGAAAUAUUUCAAAUGUAAAAAAAAAAAAGCAUUUGAUCACUCAACAUUGGACCAGAUGGUGUCUGGUCAGCUUUGUUUGGUGGGUGAUUUGAGCUCAGAUGAGCAACAUCAGAAUUCAUCAAAGUCAUUUAAUCUGGUGAAUUGUUUUGUGAGACAACUCUCCUCAAAUCUCCCACUGGCUGUUUCGAGUGACAAAGCUGGACCAAGACAGUAAAACGUAUGCAAGUGUUGUUGUUUUUUUUGGUCAAGGAGUUAAAAAUGCCAAGCAAAAAGAUGUAAUUCUACAGCAGGCUUAGGUGAUAAAAAUAUGUCUGAUUUUCUUUUUUUUCCUCUCUUUUUUUACUUUUUUAAUAAGCGUUCCUCGUUUUCCAGAUUCACUUCUCUCGAGUACACACUGGAGGGAGAGGUCAGAUCAACUAGUUAGCUUUACAAUUUUGAAGGCUGAGAAUUCACACAGGCAGCAAAUCAAAUAAGGGUAAAUAUCUCUUGCGUUGGAAAAUAAGAUAGAUCUCUAAUGAAGCCUGGUUAAAGCCACAAUGUUAAAGGGUGGAACGAUGCUCUCCACCAUAUUCAACAGACUGCUCUUUAUAGCUAUUAGCAAAGAGAAAAAAACUGAAAAAUACUUUUCAUUUGCUCUCGGCUACUUGUGUGUUACAGCUAUCAUUGAAUUUUUCAGGUGGGUGGUACAAUUGCUGACCAGAACUGUUAAGAGGUGUCCCAAUGUUUGAUUUUUUUAGCAUCUGUUAGCAAACUACGGUUGUUUUUUUGUAUUUUUUUGUAGCCGUGGUACAGAGACACCCUUUAUUUUAUCCUGCAGCAAUGGUAGAUAGUCUCCAUCCUAGAUUCCUCACAAGAACUGUAGCUGUUUGUACGAAGGAAAAACCAGCAGCAAACCUGAAUCCGUAAAGGGACAGCAAGUUGCAAAUGACAAUCACAUAUGAAGGAUAACGAUUAGUUUUUUGAUCCACUUCACUUGCAGUUAUUGUCUUUUUUUAGGUCACUUUCACAUGUAGAAAAUCUAUCAAGCAGCUAUCUUGGUCCUUGGUUGUUGUUUGGUAGCUGUGGGAUUUUAAACCUGCACCUUUAACUCGUGUCUUCCACAAUGGAGAACACUCGUAUGCAUCUGCUGAGGAAUGCCAAAGGGAUGCCGUUACAUCUGUUAAAAAUUUGGGACUCUGGCUGAGUGACAGUUUUGAUGCCUGACUGAGAUGUUAGCCGCCGCUGGAAAACCUGUCAGCGUUUAUUACUUGAAUCUGUAACUGCAGCUGCUUGCAGAGUGGCCAUGCAGCUAGAGCAGAUUGGUGUGCAUUUCUUUAAAUGCUAAAGUUACUGGAUGGCUCCAAAUGAAGAAUAUUUAGUUAAGUGAUCAGGUUCAGGUUCUAAAUGUUGCUGUGCCUUCUAACAACCACUAGUGGGCGAUACCUUGUUGGGUGGUCAGCCACCGCCUGUGUGUAUUACUUUCAGCAAAUCAUUGAAGUUGGAAAAACAUUGUUCACAGAUCAGACCCGUCUAGAGUGUUUUUUUUUUUUCUUUGAAUAACUUAAAUAUAUAAUUUAUUUUGGCCUUUUUCCAGCAUAUUUAUUUCUGUCGUGUCUAAAGUAACAAAAUAACGGCGUUUGGGCAACACUUCCCCACGGGUGUACCUCACAUCGCCGCCUUGUCUCCUCCUAUUCCAGCCCCCCCCCCCCCC